AUGGACCUACAGCCUGCUACCGUGCCCAAAUUCUCGAGUUUCCAACGCAAAGUCGCUCCCCCAACAGAUGACACGCGAUCUAGCCCACCUCUGAAGACCUCCGCAACGCAGCUGAGCCAAUAUGAGCUAAAGGAACACCGUGAGCAUAGCUCUAAAGGCUCCAGAGCUGAGAUUAAGAGACACAGGACACGAGAUCAGUCGCGAGACAGACACCAGGCACGACACGAGAGACCACGAGGAUCUCAUGAAAGAAGACGCCGGAUAGACCAUCGUACUCAUGAAGAUGUGAGGGAGGCACACGCACUCGCAGUCAAGCCAAGUCAACCUGACACUGUGGGUGUAACUCCAGGCUUCGACGAAUCUAACCAGCCAUACUACAUCGAUCGUAGAGGCGAUCCCCAUAAUGCAACAUACGGCGGCUUAAAUACGCAUAGUGUUCCUCCCUACUAUCGAGCAGGUGGUGGCUCUAUUGUCGGACUAUGUAAGACCCGUCGGAUUCAAGAGAAUUUGAGCUCAGGGCGCGGGAUUACUUUAUCUUACGAAUGUUCGCACGCCAGUCUUAACAGAAAACUUCUGUCGAAACAGUAUGCAAAGCAGUCCAGCGACAUCAAGCAUCGGAUCACACGUGCCACGUCGCUUAGGACCGGCAUUGAUCACAACGCGGAUUAUAUUAGUACAUCGUUCGGAAGAAAAAGAAAACGUUGGUCAACUUCACCAAUGGACACGCGGCGUCUCACCAAUGCUUCCCAUAUCGCGUGGCGCUCAGCAAGCUCAGAUGAAGAACUGUCUGGCUCUGAUCCUGAGGAUUGCACUUCGGAUUUCUUAUAUGCGGAUGGUGUUAAGGAGAGAAAUGCCGAGCUGUCCCGACUGACUAAAGAAAAGCCCAAAUCUUUAGAUGGUUGGCUACAGCUUAUUGAGCACCAGGAUAAAAUGAUUCGACUCCAUCAUGGCGCCAUAUCUCGUAGGUUAACAAAAGCUGAAAUUCGAAACGUCGCAGAGAUCAGGAUCUCUGUAUACGAGCAAGCCUUACGUAGUAUCGACACGGAUCAUACCAAUCGGGUUUCUCUUUGUCUCGGGCUCCUUGAAGAAGGCAGUAAAGUCUGGGAGGCCACGAAGAUAACCAAACAAUGGCGGCAACUGCUAGAGGAGUUCCCGGACCACAUUGAAGUUUGGCUCAAGUAUCUCAACUUUUUACAGACAGACUUUCGCGAAUUUCGGCUGGAUACGGUACGUGAGGACUAUCAUAACUGCUUGCAGAUGCUUUCAGACUUGAGAGAAAAGACUCCGCAGCCAGGGGUUUCAACAUGCAAGCUUCAGCGAAUUCAGCUCUACAUUCUUGCACGACUUACUAAAAUGAUCAGUGAAUCCGGUUACCACGAACAAGCCCUAGCCAUAUGGCAAGUGAUCAUCGAAAAUAACUUUCUCCGACCUGCCGGUGUGGAGGACCCAAUUCAGUCUUUGAUACUGUUUGAAGAAUUCUGGGACAGCGAGGUUGCGCGGGUCGGUGAACUCGGGGCCACUGGCUGGUGUAACUUUCGAGAAGUAUCAGUGUUGCCAAAAACUGAUCGACAAGAUCUCGCUGCAGACGAAGUAUCUAAGUCGCCCUUGAGCGCAUUCUACCAGCUUGAGACUUCACACAUGCAAACCAUCGAUGUCCCUGGUCGUACCAGCGACAAGGCUGCCGAGGAGGACCCUUAUCACGUUGUGCUUUUCUCUGAUAUCUCUGUGUACCUGUCUCUCGUUGGUCAUGGGCUCCCGAUGACAAGAGUCGUAGAAGCUUUCCUUGCGUUCUGGGAUCUUCCGCCACUCCCAGGCCCGAACGAGACCCCUUUCGAUUCUCGUGAUGUCUUCUUGCGCAAAGGAACUAUUCACAAGAAAGUCGACUCACCAAAAGAUGGUGGGCCACUCGGCCAUUUCGUAGAGACUAUGGGAACAGUGUCCAGUCUUCCAAUUAGAAGGAGACAAACAACCAUUUACGAUCUUUUCAGCGAUGCGUUCCACACGUUCGCCAAUACACGUAGCAAGAUUUUUGUCAAAACAGUCUUGCAACAUCUAUCGUCGCUCACAAAAGACGAGGCCAUUCUGGAAUACUCUAUGGCGUUUACAGUAAAAUUCUUUCCUCAAGAAGCGGAUGCGUUCGCCAGGCGGAUUCUCCAACGAUGUCCCUCCAGUCUAAGACUUUACAACGCCUACGCUCUUGUGGAAUGCCGCAUGGGCAACAAAGAAACCGCAAGUCGAGUUUUCGGUACAGCCAUCCGUAUGAGUGCCAAACUGCCGGUAGGCGCACGAAAAGAUGUUAUCUUGCUUCGCCAUAGCUCGAUUUGGGAGUCGUUACAUCAGGGUGAUCUGAUUGCUGUCCAGUCAGAACUUCUAGCUAUUGCAAGCCCGAAUAUCUCCGAAUCAAAUCAAGAUAUCAACAUUGCGAGCUUCCUCCCAGCUCGCACUAGUCUGAUUAACGCCCGAGAUGAGCACUACGCAGUCCAUGAUUAUGACAGGGCUGUCCUCUACACAGACUGCCUCGCUGUUUUAAUAUACCUCUACUCUGAUCAAGACCUUUCUCUCGCCAUUGAUGUCUACCGCACAGCCCAUGACCAUUUCUCAACACUCAAUCUCGCCAUCUCUCGGUUCAAUGAAAUUAACCAUCAAGCCUGCACCCGUCUGCUCGCGUACCAUGCAUCUCGCUGGCGCUCCUUUAAGCCAUCUCUACUGCGCGAUACUCUCACAGCGAGUCUCAAACUGUUUCCAGACAACACAGACCUGCUGUCUCUUUUCGCCGCUAACGAAAGCCGCUUUCGUAUCGACGGACGUGUGCGCACCCUCAUGGACGAUAUAUCCCUGCACUCUGACAAUGGUAGCAUUAUAAUGCAUAUGUUCGCAAUCUCCACUGAAAUACAACGGGGGGUGCAGGGUGGUAGCACUGCAUACUCUGUUCGCGCGGCGUUUGAGCGUGCUGUUUUACAGCCUCACGUUCAAAGUAAUGCGAGUCUAUGGACAAGCUAUGUCAUGUUUGAAACUUUGGAGGCAGGGAAAAGCCAUACAAAGGAUGCGAGGGACCGAGUUAAAGGGGUCUUCUUUAGAGGCAUGUUCUGCAUCCCGUGGUGUAAGAGCUAUAUGAUGCUAGCGUUUGCGCCGGAGCUGAAAGGGUUGAUAGGAGUUGAGGAUUUGAGGAAGGUUUGGCGUGUGAUGGGAGAGAAACAAAUACGCGUGUUUGUCGACUUGGAUGACAUUUUCGCGAAGGUGGGCGAAGAGGGUCGGAUCGACAUACAUGGAGUUUUAGAUGAGUAG